AUGCCCUGACGCACAUUCCUCAAUGAUUAUGGUUUUAUUUCUGUUCUGGAAGGCAACAAGCCCAAGAGGAGCUGGACUCUGCUUCUAACCCCUAUCAUCCUCCCACACCCAGAACCACGCCGUACAGAAAACAAAGACCAUUGACAGCUGACACUUCGCGCAUCCAGCUCAAUCCAAAAAGAAUCCCAGACCGAAGACCGCUUCCGCUUCACCCCCGUCAAACACGCCAACACCCUCCCCCGCCUCUGGGAUCGCAAACCCUCCACCUCCUUCCUGAGCCAACAAUCUCGCCCGCGCAAAGUCUGGAAGCGCUUCCGCACAUCGUUCAAUAGCAUAAAGUCGCUUCAGCAGAUGAUUGGCGCGGACAGGCCGCUCGAGGAGAUGGAGUUGGAUACGGUGAUUAAUGCAUCGAGGGGUGCGGGCUUGCUGAGGGGUGCGGGCUUGCUGAGGGGUGUGAAGCGGAGGUGCUUAGGCGUUGAGGUUGGGGGGAGGGAAGAGAGAGGACGGUCAUUUUUGGAGACCAAGUGGGAGGGUGAGGUUCGGAGGAGACGCAAACUUCCUACGCCAUACACCCCUCCAACGGUGGAUGAAUCGCAGCCCGAAAGUGACUACGAGACUGGGCAGGAAUUUUCCACGUCAGACAUCGAAGCGGACUUAACGCAGGAUUCCAUUGAGACGGACGAAUCCGUGGACAUUGAGACAAACUCUCCGAUUACGUUUAAUCAGGAUAUGGCCUAUCCUGAAAUGCUACAUGGCACGUCGAGUUGCCAAGAAGUUGAAAGUGAAGAAAUCGACAUUGCCGUGCAACCCCGCGAUGAUCAGUCAACCUUGAAUAUCGCCAGCGAAGAAGCUAGCGAAGAAGUCAGCGAAGAAGUCAGCGAAGAAGUCAACAAAACUACGAUGGACAAUCAGCCUGAGCCAGGGAAAGAGACUGCGCCCGCCCAAGAAAUCACAAGUGCCCAACAAGAAUCGACUCUUGUACGGUCGGCACUUCGAAGCUCGCUGGAUGGGGAGGAUGCUGAAUUACUCAACAACUUCCUAACAAAGGCCAGAGCGAAACGGGCCGCCAAAGCAGCGAUGGCCCAAGAGAACGUUGAGGAAGAGAAAGUCACCAAGAAAGAAGAGGUCCCCGACAUGCCAACGCCGCGAUCCCGUCGGGCUCUGGAGGAGCUGGACACCAAUUCCCCAAGCCCAUCCCCGCAGAAAGUCCGCCUGCCGUCGCCCAAGAAGCCUGAGAAUCCUCCCGCAAGCCCAAUUCGCAAGGAGAUUGUCUACAACGAUGAGGAACAAACCGGAGACGAGAAACAGCAAUCAAGUCCGGUCACCCGUCGGAGUACGAGGGUUCGUGUGCCGCCACAGACGACUACCACCGCCAUUCGCAACACUCUGUCGCUCCGUCGCGCCAAGGGAACCGAGUUUGUCUUCCUUCAGCGAUCAGAGGCCCAGGAACUUGCUCUAGCGACACGCAAAAACACGCGACAAAACAAGGGCAGCGCGGUGUUUCCGAAAUACGUACUCAAGAAUCUGGCCCAGAAGCAAGGACCAAAAGAAGGGUCUCCGAACCCUGCGCCCAGUGCCAACAAGAAAGGGAAUCGGGUGUGCUGGAACAACGCACGUCUGGUGGAAUUUGAAGAUGGCGAAGAGCCACAACCUGCUCCUACCGAGUGCGAAUCCAGUCAUGAGCCCUCCGAUGUCGACAGCGCACAGCCGACCAAGAAGGGCAGCGAGAAGCGGAAGACGACUGGCGGUAGCAGUGGCCGUACUCGAUCCCAGCGUGCGCAGAAGGGUAACAAGACCACGCCUUCUACGGGCACUCUGGCUCCGCCAAAGACCACCGCAACACCACCUGCAGGACGUGUGCGAAAACUGGGAGGCUCUGCCACACCUACAAAGUCCAAAUCCGCGCCGUCGCCAGCGACUCCAUCAUCCAAGGGUACCACCGACACACCCGCCGGGAAGCGCAAGAAGUUGACUCCCAAACCACCCAGUUCUACGUUGUCGCCAGCCAAGAAUACCACCAGCAGCAGCACCACAACGACACCUGCCAGCAAAGUACCGAAGCCGACAAGCCGGACAUCAACAUCGUCCGCAACGAAGAGCAAGAGCAUCUUCAAGGCGAAUGCUGGGUCAACGCCGGUGCCGAAGCGGGUCCGUGCUCGGGCCUAGUCUCGCGGUUUAACGUUUGUUUUGUUUUUUUGCCUUGUACAUAUUGAGGUUAUUGUUGUGCUUAGUGGGUACAUAGGUGGUUUUGUGUUUUGUACAUAUUUGAUGGGAAUAAGGGUAUUUAUGUCUGAGUUCUGUUAUGAUGCUAGGAAUUUGUCUGGGUACAAUCGUUUCUCGAUUUCAAUUGACUUCCUGUUGAUAUUCUUC